CAGUGAAAAAUAAAACAAAAAAGAAAUUGUAAAGAAAUCAUUCAUUGCUCUCCCCCAUGCCCACUCUCUCUCUCUCUCUCUCUCUCUCUCUCUCAUUUGCAUAAGUCAAGCCCAACUAUAAAAAGGCAUCCUCAAUUUACGGCAGAAACUCCCAGAUUGAUCACUCUUUAGCUCCUGACUCUUGAGAGUCUCUCUGGGAAAAAAAGUCCUCAAACCGGCCAAACACAAACCCUACAAAAAAAGAAGACCCGGAAGGUGAAGAGAGAGAGAGAGAGGAACGAGAACAGAGUAUGGAGAUUGAAAUGGUGAAGUGCGAGUGUUGUGGGCUGAAGGAGGACUGCACCCAAGACUACAUAUCCCAAGUGAAGUCCAAAUUUGAAGGCAAAUGGCUCUGUGGGUUGUGCUCGGAGGCCGUGCGGGACGAAGUAAACAGAGCCAACAGCAACAACAAGAAGCCAUUCGGGGUUGAAGAAGCCGUGGGAGCUCACAUGUCCUUCUGCAGAAAGUACAAGUCCAGCCCUGCAUUCAGGGUAGCUGAUGGGAUGAGGCAGAUGCUGAGGAGGAGGUCUGGCGAUCUGUCGUCUUCAUCAUCAUCUUCUUCUUCUUCUUCUUCUUCAUUGUCUUCCUCUUCUUCGUCGUCUUCUAAGAAGUACUCAAGAUCAACCAGCACCUCACAAAUUUGGUGAUGAAUCACCAUACUCACUGUACUGAUUGAGGGUAACAGAAAGCAGAGAAAACCUAGCUAUUCCUGAUCUUGGUUUGGCUUUCUUGAAAACCCAACCAAAAAGGGACUAAAAAAAAAAAAAGAGGCAAAAAAAAAAAUGGAGAAAGUUAUCAUCUUUUGUCUUGUACAGGGGAUGUUAAAUUCAGUGGAGGCUUCUUCUGAGCCCUGGAAUUUUGGCUGCUUCUGUACCCCUAGUGUUCCUGGGAUGUGAUUGUUUCUAGUUCUAUCUCUCAUUUUCUUUUUA